GCAGACCUUUUUUUUCUGAUGGCAUGUGUGCGCGUCUGCUGCAAAUGCUCCCAGCAGCAUCAUAACCUUCAGUGGGAGAGCUACGUAGCCGUCGGAACAACGUGAUAUGAGACCUGUUAUCCCACCUACGCUCCAGCUGCUGAUUGGCGUUACGCAGGUAUCCAGUUGUUAUUUAAUAGCGCAAAGCCUGGACGCUUCAUUCAUCUAGACUGGAUCUUACUGCAGGACCGAUCCGUGUGCACUUCACUCCACACCAGGGCGCGCGCAGCUGGUUCCUUUAACAGAUCAUCUCCUCCAAAGAAAAGGUGGUGUUGAGAAAAUGAGAAGAGGUUUGCUGCUGGUGACUUUGUUCCUCAUCUUGAAACUUCGGUACAGCCAGUCUAGAUGCGAGGAAACCGGAUCGCGCAGAUCAGCAUUGGAUACCAUAAGCUUGGACGACCUCAAGCGGAGCAUUCUAAAGAGGUACACUGACUUGGAUUAUGACAGCUUCGUUGGGCUGAUGGGCAAAAGAAAUGCCGCGGAAGAUGCUGCGCAGGAACCACAAAAAAGGGAAAUGGAUGACAUAUUUGUUGGUCUUAUGGGAAGAAGAAAUUCAGAGUCUGAUAAUGGUCCCUGGAGGCGAGAGUAUCCAGAAAGGAGAGGCAUUUUUCUCAACAAGUCCAGGCUGAGGUUACUACAGGGACUGUAGACAUUCAGACUGAAACAGCUUGCUUUGACUACGAAGAAAGAAGAUCACGGCGGGCUGGCAAAUGGAAGUGACCAUAAGCACAUUGUACCAGUUUUAUCUGAAAGACAAAAUGAUUACAAAUGAUAAUCUUGGUUCCUUUAUUAUGUAUUCUUUUUGUCAAAAACUC